UAUUGAAAAUGUCUGGAACUUCAGGGAUAUCAAGGUAUUAUAUGGUCAUUACUAUUUUCUUUAUCUUCCUCGCUGUGAUGUGCAUUGUGUUUAAUAGUUCAUAUGGUGGCCAAGUUUGAGGGAAAGAUGAAUCUACUCUGACAUCAAUGCCAGCUACUUUAUAAUCGCAUUAUAUUUUGUAAUGGCCGCAUUAAGUCUAAUCGCUGCGUUGUUGUUGAACAGGUUUUUAGUCAAGACUCCUGAUGAUUUUGCGAGCCUUGGGUUCUGAGAUAAGAUACUGGGGUGAACUCUCAAGCUUAUACCAGGCCUACAGGUUCUACUUCAUUAUAUCAUGGCAAUUUUAAUAAUUAUCCAAUGGAUUCAAAUUCUGCUAGCAGGCUGCUCUGAUUCUUAUGGUACAAAUGCCUUGAUACUUAACUGCAUUUGCACAUUCUUCUUCUGAUUAAUCCAUUGUGGAGGAGCAUAUAUUAAAGGAAUCAUUUACCAAGAUCCCUUCCUCUAUCGACCAGAUGAGCCUGAAACAAGCUGAAUGGGCAUAAUGUGCAGGAAGCUUGGUCCUUAAUUACCCCAAGAAAGAUCUCGAAUUUCUCCUAAAUUUAAUUCAAUUGGCAUUAUC